AUGAUUCACCCUACUACUAUUUAGUCAUUGAUAAUUUUAAACAGCUGUCGUUAGGUCCCAAACGUAUCCGAGAUAUUUGAAAAGUUGCGCGUCGUUUUCACACACAUUUGCCCUGCGCCGUUUGUUGAUAAAUUUAUUUAUAAUUUAGUUCAGCGUUCGCGGUGAAGUUGAAUUUUUUAUUUACUAGAAAACCGAGCCCGGAGUGUUGAAGUUCAAGUCGGUUGUGUUUACGAUUUUGUUUGAGCGAACGAAUAUAAGAAUGACUGAAACAGAUCAAGAGCAGGUCGUUAUGACCCCAAAAGGCAAAACCCACAAUUCCACCACACUUAUAAUAGAAAGAAGAAAAGUAAAUAAAACUAAUGAUAAAAUGCACAUAGCUGGUGGAGAACAUACCGGAAUUAUCAUAAAUAAAGAGGCAAUAACAGAAAAUGGUGCUGCAUCUCCUCCGCAGCUAUCCCUUGAGUUCAGAGUGUUUCUAGUAAAUAAAGAAACUGGUAAACAUACGCAAGAAUCGAGAACAAUUCGAUUCUGGUUCAGAGAGAAUAAAAUAAUACAAGAUGAAACUGACGGAGGACAAGCUGGUAUUGCUCAAGAUUUUUUUAGAGAAUUGGUCAGUCCUCAAGAAUUUCCAAGAGAUUACGUCGGUUUCAUAAAGAAAAUCAUGAAAUUAAUGCAGCAUAAUUUUAACAGUAUAGUAAAGUUGGAAGUUGAAUUGAAGCAAUUAGAAGAACCAAUUGAAGUACCUUCGAGACCCUUAUCAUCUGAAGAAAAUUCGUUGGGUCACAUUACUGUCCUUACAGUCGAAAAAGUGCUAGAAAUAGUUGAAUCAUCAUAUCCAAAUCCUGUUACCAUAAAAGAUAUUGCUAAGGAAAAUGGUUGGGACGAAGAAGAGGUCGCCCAAUGCGUUUCGGCCCUUCAAUCUCGCCAACUGGUCAAAGCCAUGGAACAUGGUGCUUUUACUCGUCAGCAAUCGCACGAUACACAUCAGGUUACUAUCGUCAAGCAAAUGCCAAAUGUGGCGAGCUCAAAACAGCCUACCAUUGCCAUUAUAACUGCACAAUAUUGCGAGAAAAUAGCUGUUGAUGCUAUGAUUGAAAAUAAGGAGACUUUCGUGAGAUACACAACUGUUGGUCCAUCCAGUCCUACGGGAGAAAUGCCAAGGCCCAGAUUCGGAGAGUCGAACGUUUACACCCUUGGCAAUAUCGGUGCUCAUCGGAUCGUUUGUACCAAGUUACCGUCUGUUGGUCACACCCGAGAAGCCAUGACAGCUGCAGGGAACACCACCACAAGACUGUUGGGUACCUUCCAGAAGGUAGAUUACGUAUUUUUAGUAGGAGUUGGAGGCGGUGUUCCUCACUACACCGAUUACAACAAGCACGUUCGACUUGGCGACGUGGUCAUAUCAUCACCGGUAAAAAACAAGAACAUUUACUUCUAUUGCGAAUCGGCUAAAUCCACGGAAAAGGGCAACGAAUUCGAAAUUAAACCGUACGGUCCUACUGAUGUGAAGUUGCAAGAGAUAGCCACGCAAUUGAAAACCGCAACGGACAAAGACAGCGGCGCUACGCCGCCUUGGAUGAAUUACAUUCGAGACGGUUUGAACAUUUUAUGCAGCCAACAAGAAGAGUCCGAUUUCAAAAUGCCCCACUCUGACACCGACAAAUUGUACAUGAGCAUAGGCGAGAAAGAUUUAAUUGAAGUUGCGCAUCCUGUACCGUUAGAUAAUUCUAAAAAGAGACUUGAAGGUUGUCCUCGUAUUCAUCUUUCCACGGUGGCGUCGGGACGCCAGGUCGUCAAAGAGGACAGAUUACGUCAGCAGUUUGCGAAUCAAGUAGGAGCAUUGGCGUUCGAUUGUGAAUUUGAUACGGUCAUUGAGUCGAUUUUGGGCAAUUGCAAAGAUAGCUUCAUCAUCAUCAGAGGAAUUUCUGAUUACAAAGAUGGUACCAGAAGGAAAGAAUGGCAGCCAUACGCUUCUUUGGCGGCCGCUAGUGUUAUGAAAGCUAUUAUUUGCGGCAUGGAAAAUUAAUAAUUUUAGGUGUUGUUUUAGGGAAUCGAUUUUAGCUUGUUUCUCCAAAGAUUUGAAACUUUUGUUGUCGUUUUUUUUUAUAAUUGGUCGACAAUAGGAUUUAAUUCUUUAAUAUCCGGUGUAAUUUUAACUGUAACGUGUUAUUCAAAAGCUUACCAUGUACAACGUAUUCACGAUUUUUUUUUAUUUUUAUGUAAUUUGUUUUAUUAACGUGACCUUAGCAUUAUAAUCUUCAAAGGCUUUUAGAUAUGAAAAUUAUCAACGAAAAUUAAUUAGAGUGGACAAAAUUAGAUUAGCAUAGAACGUUUCCAAAUUAAUUUAUUUAAACAUUCCUUUUUCAUAUUUUAGACAAUGUAAGAAUAAAUCUAACUGCCAUAUUUAUAGAGUUAAAUCAAAAUAAAAUUAAAAAAUUUAGUAGGAUGAGAUACUUGAUUGUUAGAUGUUAUAAUUAUCUUUUAAUAAAUUUCACAAAAUAAUUUUUUAAAGAAUUGUUCCAAAGUAUCUUAUCUAGUACUACUAGCAUUAAAGAAACUUGGUGAUUGCACUAGAAGUAACAUUUAAUUAAAAACUUGAUGACUAUAGAACGUUACACUAGAUUUAACGGGGUUAAUAAAUCUGGUAAGCUAAUAAAUUAAGAAAUGUUUAAUGAUAUUCUAAAUUUUACGAAAGUUACCGAAAAUUAGUGAUCUAAAAAUGGUAUCUAAUUUUAUCAGAGACUGUAUAGUAGGUAGCACAUUGAUUUUAGAGAGAUUUUAUUACUUAUUAUAUUUUUUUCAUUUGCAAUAUUGUGAUAUAACUUUUAAUUUGGCAACUUAUUUUAAUGUCGUACACAAUAACUAAUCAAAGUGCUACUGAAUUUUAAAGUAUAUUAUAUAAAUAUGUAAUUAAUAUCACAAUUAC